AUGAAACUUUUGCGCAAUUUUAGAAGUGUUCGAAAAUUUAUUUUUUUAUUAAAUGGUGGAUUUAAUGGUAGAAAAAUUAAAAAAGUUGCGUUUUGUUCAGCAGUAUGCGUCGGUUCUAUCGGAGGAGCCUUUGGUUUGUUGUACUGGCAGCAGUUCAGAAGUUUGCAGUGUGCUGAGCCUCAGAUCAUCAAUGAUGAUCUUCCUCAUGAUGAACAAACUGAACAAAUUGCUGAGGAUGAGAAAGAUGAUCAGGGUGAUCAAUUGAAUGUCCGGUUCAAAACGGCCAUCAGAAAGUCUAGGACUAUUUUACAGCAGCUUAAAACAGAGAAAAACUGUCCAGGAGUGACUGUUGCAGUGGCAAUCGAUGGCCAAGAAGUUUGGAAGGAAGGCUUUGGACUGUCUGAUGUGGAGAACAAUGUUCAAUGCACACCUAACACAGUAAUGCGAAUUGCAAGCAUCAGCAAACCUCUGACAAUGGCUGUAGUUGCCAAGUUAGUGGAAGGUGGUAGCCUAGAUCUUGAUGAAGACAUUCGUACUUACGUUAAGGAUUGGCCAAUCAAAUCAUUUCAAGGGAAAGAAUCUAAAAUCACAACAAGAAUGCUUCUUUCAAUGCUAGGAGGAAUCAGACAUUAUGACAAAUCAUGUGGAGUGAAAAAAGUUGUUGAAACAGAACAAGUGAACCAAGCAGCAGCAGGUGAUUCAAUUUUUACAGAAUUCUACUUAGCAAAAAACUUCAGCAGUGUCAUUGAAUCGUUGGAUGUUUUCAAAGAUGACCAACUUUGUAGUGAACCAGGUUCAACAUACCUCUACUCAACUCACAGUUUCACCUUGGUUAGCGCGGUUGCUGAAAAAGUAGGAAGCAAGAAGUUUCAGGAUUUAAUGAAAAAUAUGUUCAGAGACUUGAACUUGAAGAGCACCUACCUUGACGAAAACAUUCAAAUCAUACACAACAGAGCCAGAUGCUAUUUCAUGCACAACGGCCACCUGGUGAAUGCCCGUUACGUUGACAAUUCAUGCAAGUGGGCUGGCGGAGGCCUUCUCUCGACGCCCACCGAUCUCUGCUUGUUUGGCAGCACCAUGCUCGCAUGCUCCCAAGGUGAAGAGAAAGACUCAGUAACUCCGAACAACCUAAGGCCGUACCUAUCGAAGGAAACGAUGAAAAUGAUAUGGACGCCAAACCCGAAAACACAAAAAAAGACAAAUACAUAUUACGCAAUGGGCUGGGAGGUUAUGAACCCACUACCGCAGCUCUGUCUCUUCCAAUCCGCCCUAUCGAAGUACAAAAACCGACGCUGUGUAUACCACACAGGGGGUGCCGUGGGGAGCUCCAGCAUCCUUCUCAUCAUGCCCAGGGACAAAUUGAACGAUAAAAAAUUAUCAAAAAACAUGAGAGAAACAGUCGAUAAAACUAAAAAAGAGAAUGCAGUCGUCGGGAAAAUCGACACAAGACCGAGAGGAACCGUCGUGGCCGUGUUAACAAACAUGGAAAAUAUUUCAAUGUUUAACGUAGCUAGGGAGAUAGCUGCCUUAUUCGAGUCCGACCUCGAAACUCAGCAACGCAAACGGGCAACACGAAGUUCGACAGCUGGUUGAAUGAGCUAUAAUAAUUAUUAUAAUAAUUAUACCAAAAUUAUUAUUAUAAUUAUUUAUAUUACAAUUUUUAUUUUAAUUAAUGAAACUUCGUUUUAUUUUGUCCAUCCAUACAAAUUACAUUUAUUUUAUUUGAUGUAUUUAUUAUUCACAAUUUUCAAAAAAUAAGUCACUCGCUGUCUUAGCAAUAGGUGGUUAUAAAUUACUCCGAAAGUGAUUUGAGAGAUAUGUAUUAAUAUUGUUUCUAGAUGAAUUCAAAACCAUAAUGAAGUUGGAACAAAUUCAUUUAAACAUCAAUCAUAAAUGAAACACCACACACACACACAUAUUUAUAUAUAUAUAUAUAAUAUAUAUGCAUGCACACAUACAUACGAACAUACAAUUACACGUACAAAUAUUUAUGCCAAUUUCAUUUAAAUAACAUACUAAAAGUGAUAUAUAUAUAUACAUUCAUAUAUGUAAUCACUUUAUCAUUAUAUAUCAUUUGAUAAUCUUGUUAUCGUUAUAUAUCUUUAUCAUUUGAUAUAUAUAAUAUACCCAAUUAAAAAUAUUCAUAUAACUACUUGCGUGUUACAUGAAAAAAAAUUGAAAAUGAA